AUGGUUUCCAAAGCGCUGGGCUGUGGCCUGGGUUGGUUUCUUCGUCUCGUCCCUCUGGUGUCCGCCCUUCCGGAGAACACGAACGGCAGUCCUCUCGUGGGAUCCAAGCCGUGCAGACUUCUUGCCGAUGCCGGUCUCGGCAGCCAGCUGUUCUUCCAGGGUGACGGCGAGUACACCAGGACUCUCGAGACCUAUUACGGCGGCGAAAGCAAGGACCUGAGACCCCACUGCAUCUUGAAGCCGGAGACGGUCGAACAGGUUACCACCGCCAUCAAGACUCUCAACACAUCCCAAGCUGGCAAAUGCUGGAACGUGGCCGUCCGUGCAGGCGGACACUCGAACUUUCCCGCCAGCAACACCGCCUCUGGUGUGACCAUUGACCUCGUUAGGCUGAACACCCUGAGUCUCAAUGACAAUGGAACAGUCUCGAUUGGUUCCGGAAACCGGUGGGGAGAUGUCUAUCGAUAUCUCGAACCCCGAGGUGUCAUGGUAGCUGGUGGACGCGAGAGCACCGUCGGAGUCAGCGGUCUGCUUCUCGGCGGCGGAUUGUCGUGGUACUCUGGCUACAUCGGCUUCGCUGUUGAUAACGCCGUCGCCUUCGAGGUUGUUUUGGCCGACGGCAGCGUCGUCAGGGCGGCUAGCGACGAAAACCCGGAUCUCUUCAGAGCUCUGAAGGGUGGCGGGGGCAACUUCGGGCUCGUGACAAAGUACGAGCUGAGACACUUCCCCUCGCACAACAUAUUCGGAGGCAUCACGAUCUUCCCUUACACUCAAAAGGACGCGAUCAUGCGCAAGUUUAUUGAGAUGGUUGACGGCAACGCGAACGGUCACCCGGACGAUUCGGGCUUCGCGGCUGCUGCGUGGGGCCCGGCCAGCGGAAAGAUAAUGUCGUUCAUCGUGGUCAACACCGAAGGACGGUCCAACACCACCGCUUUCGCCGGGCUCGAGGACCUGUCGCCUCUUGUCGAUAUGCGGGCCGACCUCCCGGUCACCGGCAUCGCGGCGCAGAUCACGUCCACAUCCGGUCAAUACCAAGUCUGGAGCACGUUGACGUAUCGCAACACGCCCGACAUGGGCCGGAAGAUCCUCUCGUCCUUCGAAUCCGUGAUCGAUGACGUUGAGCCCCUGAUCGACGUCAACGAGGACCUUCGCAUCGUCUAUCUGCUGACGCCGCUCCCCACCUCAUCCUCUAGCUACGGCGACAACGUCCUCGGGCUCGACAAGACCCACACGAAGAGUUCGGUCAUCUUCAGCGUCCAGGCUAUCCUGCCGAGUACCAGGUACCGAGAUCUCCUGAAGCGAAGGUUCGACGAGGCCGUCGCCGAUAUCAAGGCGUACGCCAAGGAGACGGGCCAGCUUUUGCCGUACCUGUACUUGAACUACGCCGGUCCCGAUCAAGAUCCCCUUGCCGCAUACGGAGAGGAGAACAUCCGCUUCAUGAAGGAAGUUGCUGCAAAGUAUGAUCCGGGGGAGUUCUUCCAGUACGGCGUGCAGGGCGGUUUCAAACUGGCGCAUCUUCGAUAG